AUGAUUUCCCAGCAUAGAAGGCUUCUUGCGAAUAUCUGGAAACCAACACAUGCGAUGGUGCAAUCCAACGGAUACUGGCAAAUUCCAUUAGAAAAUGCUGAAGAUAAUUCAGCUUUUGCUACACCAGCAGGGUUAUUAAUUCGGAAGCCUGAGGAAUACCGUACUGAGAGACUUUCUCAAAGGAGAUGUCUUCUGUUACAUCGACUAUAUCAUGGGUCCACAUAUUUAGAACAACGACUGCCUUCAAGUUUAAGAGGAGUGUUUUCUCGGCAAAAACGAGUGGAAUUUCGAUUCAAGGCGGCAGAAGUGCCAUUUCCUUAG